UAAUAAUAAUAAACAAUUCUCGGCACAUAUGCUACUGAUCCUGCCUCGUAAUGUAUAUUUGCACGCAUUCCCCUCUACCAGAUAUAGCCAAUCCAAUACAACAUCCUCUAACCUUUUGUUGACUCGAGGGUUUAGUGAUCCCCGUACUUGUUUCUGAUAACCUGAGGAGGCUUGUUUUUCCACUGUUGAAGACACUUUGAUUAGGCCACAGCUGUUGCAUCAUAACAUUGUACAUCAGCACCAUUUCAGCACUGUGCAGUGCCAGCCUGGCUGAGCCGCAGGGAGACGCAGCUGAGGAAUAUUCUAAAUGUGUUGCCAGCUGUUUUCAAUAUGUACCACGGUAAAACGCGGUGCACGCUGUGCCAGGAGAAGCUUGGUGACAAAACACUCAACCAGAAAAAGACACCUGGAAAGACAUCACUCAAGAGUUUACAGCAGAAUACUUCAAGAGCAAGAAAGAGAGAAAAAAACCGCAACCGCAGCUGAGAUUGGUUUGGAAUGCCAUCUGGAAGUUCCCAAAUCAGGACAGAGAAACAACCGCAUGUUGACAGUGCUACACUGGACUGGAUUACUCUUCACCUUCAACCAUUUAGGACUGCUGAAUCGCAAGCGUUCCGGUAUUUACGGGGAAUGCUAGCACUGAUUGGACAAUGUCAACUGACCAAGCUGUGAAGAUGAACGCCCAGCCUUCCAACAGCAUGAUCCCAGAGUGGGGAGUGGACCUCUCUCCCAAGCAGGACAAAGGCGUGUGCAAGCUGAUAAUAAGGCCCGGAGAUGAAGCUGAGUACCCCAUGAUUGGAGACCAGGUCUGGGUCCACUACACCGGGAAACUGCUGAGCGGGGAGAAGUUCGACUCGAGCCGGGAUCGCAACAAGCCUUUCACCUUCAACCUUGGCAGGGGGCAGGUGAUCAAGGCAUGGGAUAUCGGGGUCGCCAGCAUGAAGAAAGGGGAGGUGUGCCAGCUGAUGUGCCAUUCGGAGUACGCCUACGGAGUGUCCGGGGGCCCCCCCAAUAUCCCCCCCAAAUCCACCUUGAUCUUCGAGGUUGAGUUGUUGAACUUCAAGGGAGAAGAGCUGACCGAAGACGGGGGUGUUAUUAGAAGAAUAAAGCAGAAGGGGGAGGGUUUUUCAAACCCCAAUGAAGGGGCCAUUGUGGAAGUUCAUCUGGAGGGGCGCAGCGGGGGGCGUGUGUUCGACUCGCGGGACGUCCAGUUUGUGGUGGGCGAGGGGGAGGACCACAGCAUCCCCCUGGGAGUCGACAGAACCAUGGAGAAGAUGCAGAAGGGAGAAUGCUGUCUGAUCUACCUCAAACCACAAUAUGGGUUUGCGGAAGAGGGAAAGCCAGAAUUCCACAUUGAGCCAAACGCAGAGCUCGUCUACCAAAUAACGCUGAAGGAUUUUGAAAAGGCCAAGGAAUCGUGGGAGAUGAGCAUAGAGGAGAAGCUGGAGCAGGCUGUGGAGGUGAAGCAGAAAGGCACGCAGUAUUUCAAGGCAGGACGCUAUGUGCAGGCGAUGAUCCAGUACCAGAAGAUCGUGGCAUGGCUAGAGAUGGAGUGUGGGCUGGCGGAGGAGAAGCAGAGAGUCGUGCACGACCUGAUCAUGAUGACGCAGCUCAACCUGGCAAUGUGCCACCUGCGGCUGCGGGAGUACACACAUGCCGUGGAGAGCUGCGAUAAGGUGAUUGAGCUGGACAACUCCAAUGAGAAGGCUCUGUACCGGCGGGGCGAGGCGCGGCUGCUGAAGAACGAGUUCAGCCUGGCGCUGCGGGACUUCGGGAGGGUGCUGGAGGUGAACCCCAAGAACCGAGCUGCGCGAACGCAGAUCAGCGUCUGCCAGCGCAAGAUCCGCGAGCACCACGAGAUGGACAAGAGGAUUUAUGCAAACAUGUUCCAGAAGUUCGCAGAGCGCGACGCCAAGGUGAGGAAAACGAAACUUCCCAGAGAUGACACUACCAAAGAGGAGAGGAACAACCCACCUGCCAAGCACCGGCGGAGAAGCAGAGAGCACCUGUGAGACUGGCAGAGAGGACAGUAUCCCAGGUCCACUCGCGAGGGUGAAAGGGGGUGCUGCAGACACAAGCGCAUACACCCCCUUUGAAACCUCACAGCAGCAACAGCAUUCCCAAAUACAGACUCGCUUCAUCAGCCCCAGAGAGCUCAGAAGCUCCUUCUAUUCUUAAUACUAUUGUUAAUGAUAAUGUUGUUGUUGUUAGGUAAAGCAUUUCAAGUUAUUUACUACGACUGCUGAAAAAAAAAAACAAUAACAAAAAAAAAAAACGGUCCAGACUUUUUUUUUUUAUAUAUUCUAAUUCCAAUAUCCAGAAAGACACUUGAGCAGAAUGAAGACGGGGGUGUGCCAUAGAGUCGCCUGCUGUUUUCCGUAAUAAAGCAUCACACAGUCCGGGAGAGAAGCCUCUCAUAACCACACGAGGGCAGAGAGGGACUCGUAUCCAGUUUAAGUCUCAAAUGCGAUUCUGCCCCAGGGGGGCAGCCUGCAUGGUUAAACGUGAGACCUGGCAAGAAAAAACAAGAACACUUUCACUGAGGCUGCCUCUCCCACACAGUGGGGCAGCGACCGAGCUGGGACUCCAAACCACUGCUCCAGCGCCCAGCCCUCCACCCACACCAUUAGACUAUACACAACUUCUCAUGGAUGAGACGCGCCAGACAGCACAGCACAGAAGAGACUGGCACACCUGGGAAUCUUCAGAGCACCUUGACUGAAUGUUUGGCUGUUUCAUUAUUAUUAUUAUUAUUAUUAUUAUUAUUAUUAUUAUUAUUAUUAUUAUUAUAACUCAUUCCAAAAGAGUACAACAAUUAUCACCUCCAGGUAGCAAAAAAAACCAAGUGCUUCAGAAACAGCACUUGAGUGUUAGUGCUCACUUGAGUUUUUAAUGUUUUAAGGUUUUUUGAUUCAAUGUAAAUAACAUAAAUGCUGCACAGAUUAAGUGUGAACUUCAGUUAGUCACUCACUAGAGGGCGCCAGUGGGAAAUUACUAUUACCAGUACUGUAUUAGGAACUGCAUUAAAAACAUGAAUAAAAUAAGUUUAGGGGUGGGUGUAUUAGCUUAUUUGUACUGUAACCAUCCCCUUCUCAUUCAUUUCUAGGCAAUUUAAAUUGCUGCUAGCUGCACAGUGUUCUGUAAACAACACCGUGCAAUACAACCGAACAAAAAGGGGUUUUGCAAUAGAUUUCAGCGCAUCCUGUAUUAACAGAUACAAGCGCACAGUGUAAAUGAGAUGCUUUGAAGCAGUUCCUUAUGCUCCUCCCCUCCCAUUAAUGAAUUAAUUCACAGGUGCAGAGAUCCUAACUCAGCAGUGGCAUUGCAAAUGAAUUUCAAGUCACACUAUAGACUUUGCAGGCGUCUCACCCGGGCGGCAUGCAGGGCAGGGCGCCUCACCCAGGCAGCAUGCAGGGCAGGGCUCUACAGGUCAAUGUGGCUUAAAUAUCUGGGCUGCAGGGAGGUUGCAAUUCAAAUUCAAUUCAAACUCUCUUACAAAGUGGUAAAGGCCAGUCAGGUCAGUGAUUUAAUCCCCCUUAUUAUUUUAACCGGAGGUGCAGUUCUUCAGGUUUGAACACAAACAACAGUAAAUGCACAUGUUCUUUUUGGAGAAGAUGCAAAAUGCCAAGAAAUGAUCCAGCAGAGGAGUGGAGACGCUUGUCAGAAUGUAGUGUCCAGUGUUCAGACAGCUGGCCCGGAUGAGUGAAGGCGCUUCUCAGAAUGUAGUGUCCAGCAUUCAGACAGCUGUCCCGGGAGCCUGAUUUACAAGACCGGUUCCUGUCAACAGCUUAACUGUUUUAAUGGUUUAUUUGUUACCAGAUGUUUUUUUGUUUGUUUGUUUGUUUUUUAAUUUUCUUGCUUUAUUCCAUUGUUGUGUUGAUUAUUAAAAGAUACGUUUGGUUGA